AUGGCGAGCCGUUGGCAACCUGCUCCUGUUAUUCCCAACAUUACGUCAUCGUCGAGGUCGCGAGAUCCACCUCCUUUCAUUCCGCCAGAGUUGUUUCCCAAGGUUGUCGGAAUAGAUCUCGACGGCACUUUUUGGACCAAUUGGCUCAACAAGGACGAGGUUGGAAUCAGGGGGCAGGUUACGCAGGAACAGAGAGACAACCUUGAGCAUUACAUAACCCCAGACGGGGCAACACAGCAAGUUCGGGACAAAACGAAUCCGAAACGCAUGUUUGUCAACAUGUCGUACCACAUGCCUCAAAUCAUCAGGGACCUCAAAAACAACGGGGUGAAAAUCGCUAUUGUGUCGAAAAACACAAGCAAGGACCUAACCGACCGAGCAUUGUACUACUUCAAUAUGGCCGACCCAUCGCACAUUCAGCCACUGAGAGAGCAAGAGGCGAGAAACAUAAAGAUGAUUAGCCAGGUUGACUACAACGAAGUCUAUGACGAAUCAAAGCAGGUCCAUUUUGCGAAGAUUAAAGGCUGGAGCGGAGCCAGCUACGACCAGAUGCUUUUCUUCGACGACCAACCUGUCAACAUGGAUGUCGAGCUAUGGCAGGGCGUCACGUUCUUCAAGGUUUCUGAUCCAACCCAUGGCUUGUCGUAUAUCGACUAUCUGCAAGGACUCGAGCUCUGGCGCCGAAACAGGGACAUCAGGCACAAGAUACCGAUGAUGCUUGGUCAAGACUCUAAUGUCGGCCACGUUGGCUAUGUUGGCUCCGACGCGGCCACUAAGGACCGCUACGCCGCUGGAAAGCGCCGCCUGAAGAGCGGCCGCCCAUCGCGAUGGGGGCAUGCGCUGUAUGUUGCCGACGACCCAGACACUGCCUGCGUCUUUUCCAUGUGGGGGCGUGAAAGCGAUCCAAAGACGAAUCACUGGAUCUCGGCUGUUUUUGUUCGAGAUCGGAAGGCAUGGUUGGAUUUGCCAAAGGUCUGGGUGCCGGAAUUCAAAUCCGUCAAGCAGACGCCAACCAACACGCUGCCGACCGAAGAGGAGGCUGCCAACAUCCAGCAGGCCCGCGACGAAUUCAUCACCAAGACGUACGGUGUCAAAAAGCCCUACGUCCUGUUUUCCAGGCACCACUACAUGGACGUAUUUAAGGAUACCCGGAUACCUCAAGGCUCGAGGUUCAACGAGCUGGUGGUGUAUCCGCAGAUUCAAGACGCACUGUUCUUCUGCGUGCCCAUACAAAAUCAUGCCGGAGACCUCCUCCACGGCCCAACUAGGACCCUCGGCCAUCUUAACUACAACAGCAGGUUUCAUGAUUGGGGAAUCAAGAAGAAUUCAGAAACCGAAAGAGACUUUUGGGAAAAGGGGGAAGCUUGGGCGUGA